AUGAUCUCUAAUUUCAAGCAGAAGUCUGAUGAACCUUUUCAUGAAGCUUGGGAGAGGUACAAGGAGUACCAGAGAGAGUGCCCGCACCAUGGGUUUGACGAUGACUAUAUAUUGGAAGUGUUCUAUGAUGGAGUGAGCUAUGAGUUUCGAAACACCCUUGAUUCUUCGAGUAAUGGAGAUUUCAUGACUCAAACCACACCUGAUGAUCCCGCUGCAAAUUUGGACCAACUGCUUAAGGGAAACCAAAGCCAAGUGUUCAUAAUGGAAGAAGCAGAUCCUGAGAAGAGUGCCGGUGACCUGGUGUUUGAUGCUGAAAUAUCAGGAGACGAUCAGCAAGAGCUUUUCUGGCCUAAGCAAGACAAACUAGCUGAUCCUGCACAGAGUAACCAAGGUCAGUAUGUCGGGUAUCAAAAGAACUACCAACCCCGGACUUAUGUUCUAAGACAACCGCAGAACAAUCCACCUCAGAUGCAGAAACACCAUAACACUCAGCCAGCUACCUCCGCUCAUGUCGUUGUUCCGCAAGAUGAGACAAAAGCUAUGUUGCAGCAGCUGCUCCAAGGACAACAGCUCCAAGGGAAGGCUCUAAACCAGGUUACUACCGAGAUCAAUACAAGAAUGAACCAUAUGUUCAGCGAUUUGAGUACCAAGUACGACAAUGUCGCGAGCCAUAUGAGACAGGUGGACAUUCAGAUUGCUCAGACCGCUGAGAGCAAGAGGUUCACUGCGGCUGAGAAGGGGAAGCAUAAAGAGUCGGAACUACCACCAGCCAAUACCCCGGCAGCUGAGAAGGAGAGGGAACCAACUGUUGGAACCAAUUCGCCAGGACCAGAACAACCAGCUGAGGCUGUCCGCCCGAUCCCAGAGCCUGUUCCUGCUCGCGAAUACACUCCUAAAGUCCCUUACCCUAUUCCAGCAAAAGCUACUCGUAAGGACCGAGCGGAGAUGAAGGGCAGAAAGAUGCUGGAGGACCUAACCGUCCGACUCCCCUUGAUGGAUGCGAUCCAAAUGAUGCCCUCCAUGCGCAGCUUUAUGAUGGGAUUGAUCUCAGAAAAAAUAUCAGAGGAUAGCGAAUUCAUGACUGUCUCUAAGGAGUGCAGCGCAGUGCUUCAGAACAGGCAGAUAGAGAAGCAAGGAGACCCUGGCAAGUUCGUCCUCUCUAUCCAGAUUGGGAAGACAGUUUUCUCAUGCUCCCUGGUUGAUCUGGGAUCCAGCGUAAACCUCAUGCCCUACUCUGUAGCACGACGUCUGGGAUACACGCUUUUCAAACCAACUAGAAUGUCCUUGGUGUUCGUGGAUAGAUCAGUUAAGUCCCCGGUUGGUAUUCUAGAGGUUCUCCAAGUAAAAGUCGGGAACACCUCUGUUCCAGCAGACUUCGUAGUUCUAGAGCUGGAAGAGGAAUCCAAAGAUCCUCUCAUUUUAGGAAGGCCGUUCCUAUGUACAGUUAGAGCCAUCAUUGAUGUGCGGCAAGGGAAGAUUGAUCUCUAUCUGGGAGAUAGAGUCAUGCAGUUCGAGAUGGAUGAGCUGCUGAAGAAGCCUAUGCUGGAUGAACAGACCUUCGAGGUGGAUGAAGGGAUUGAUCUGCUGCAACCUCGUGACGGGAUGAUCGAGUAG